UGCAAGUGUUCACUAAUAGCACAGCGAGCAGAACUCUGUACGUCAAUGAAAAACUACCAGCAAGCUCUUCAUGACGCGGAUGUCCUCUGCCGAAACAAGCCCCACUGGCCUGCGGGCCAUUAUGUGAAAGCAAAAGCUCUUUCUGGAUUGGAAAGGACUGAGGAAGCAUUGAAGGAGUUUCUCUAUUGUGUUGCCUUAAAUCCUGAAUGGAGCUCAAUGAAGAAAGAAGCCCAAAAGAUAAUGUGUGAGAUGUUUUUCCCAGCCUUUGAAAAUGUUCAUGAUAGUCUAACAGCACCUUUCUCUAGUCGAACAUCCCAUACAAGAUUGAAACCUGCAUUUCUGAGUAGCAUAAACACACAGUCAGCUGCGGAAGAUAGCUCUAUUGCUGGGUCCUCAAAGGAUACUGUGUUCAGGUUAACAAAAACCCCGUCCCAAGAAUCUGAUGUAUUUAGAAGUACUGAUUCUCCUGUUUCCCAUCAUGUUCUGGAUCUCUAUUUUGAAGACAACAAGAAGUCUUUGGGAGCUAUUCUUUCCAGUUUACCUGGGCUUGGCUUAAAAAGAAAGCUGUCCAGUGAUAUGAGGGAUUUACAAAGCUUGGAUGUCCCCAAUAAGAUUCCUAAAAAAGAUGGAGAUGUUUUACCUGAAACCACUGCCGUCACUUCAAGUGAAAUACCAACAACUCUGGUGGAUGCGUCGGACUUUGAGUGUUCCCUCUGCAUGAGGUUGUUCUAUGAACCUGUUACCACUCCCUGUGGACACACCUUUUGCCUCAAAUGCCUUGAGCGUUGCCUUGACCAUAAUCCGCAUUGCCCGCUCUGCAAAGAAAAGCUGUCAGAAUUUCUGGCAAGCAGAACUUACAAGAAGACCGUCCUUACAGAAGAACUGAUAGUCCGUUACUUGCCAGAGGAGUUAUCUGAAAGGAAGAAAGUUUAUGAGGAAGAAAUGAAGGAAUUGUCAAAUUUGAAUAAAGAUGUUCCCAUCUUCGUAUGUACCAUGGCCUUCCCUACCAUCCCUUGCCCACUCCAUGUCUUUGAACCUCGUUACCGUCUAAUGAUAAGAAGAUGUAUGGAAACUGGUACCAAGCAGUUUGGCAUGUGCUUAGCUGAUGAAUUAAAAGGAUUUGCAGAUCAUGGCUGUAUAUUAGAGAUCAGGGACGUAAAGUUUUUUCCUGAUGGACGCUCAGUUGUUGAUACAGUUGGUGUCCGUCGUUUUAGGGUCUUAAGCCAUGGCCAGCGAGAUGGAUAUAACACAGCAAACAUCGAGUAUCUUGAAGAUAAAAAGGUUGAAGGACCGGAAUAUGAAGAACUUGUCCGCCUUCAUGAUUCAGUUUAUGAUCAAGCUGUUGCCUGGUUUACUUCUCUUAAAGAUAAUAUGAAAGUGCAAAUUCUCAAUCAUUUUGGGUCCAUGCCAGGAAAAGAGCCAGAGCCACAGAGCAACCCCAGUGGUCCUGCGUGGUACUGGUGGCUCUUGGCAGUGUUGCCUCUGGAAAACAGAGCUCAGCUGGCUAUACUGGCUAUGACGUCCCUUAAAGAUCGUCUUAUCGCCAUCAGACGUGUAUUGAUAUUUGUGACUCGCAAAAGACCCAGAUAACAUGGACUUCAGUUGUGAGUGGGCACCAAAAACAUCU